AUGGUACUGACCUUCAGGUUCAACAUCACUGGGAAUCUAGUGGACGUUGGCGCAUACAACUCGCUCAGUGUGAGUACAGGUGAUAUUGCCUUUGUCAGCUGCGACACGUCUGUGUACCCAGGCAAUCUGGAUGCCAGUGCAACGGUAUCGAAUCUCCUCACAGCGCAAGAGAAGGCGUCCGCGGUUCUUCUGUACAGUGCUUCUGCUUCCCAUUGCAACUACACCGUGAACAACGACGCUGUCGGCCAAUAUACCAACGUCUUCACCCUUUUGAACUCAGCAUUUGCGGACUCCCUUAGUGAUCAACUCGGUAAGCAGAACGGGAACGGCUCUCUCAGCAUUGUCUACAACAUGUCGUUCGUGGGAACAGUCACCCCGUCGACCCCGGAUGGGUCAACGGACAGCCCCAAUACCGCCAUGAUCAUUCUAUACAGCAUCACAGGCAUUAUUACUGCGCUAUUCUUAGCGAUCAUCAUUACCGGGGCUAUCCGGGCUCAUCGCCACCCGGAACGCUAUGGCCCCCGAUACACGGCGGGGCGGCCUCGGCAAAGUCGAGCGCGAGGGAUAGCAAGGGCGAUGCUGGAUACAAUUCCCAUCGUCAAAUUUGGGGAUAGUUCUGACCCCAAGACAGAACCCGUCAAGGGUGAUGUGGAGAUGUCCCUCGGGUCCGAGGAAGGGGUCAAUGAGCAUCGAGAGGCACCCGCUGCCAAUGGAUCCCCUCCAUCUGUGACUGUUGGCCAGCCCAACGAUGGAACCGAACCCGCCAAUGCUGAAACCAACGCCGAACGGCGAGGUACACCAGCACCCGCGCCAGAUACGGAGUCGCCGAACGAGCAUCCAAACUUUUCCUGUCCGAUUUGCACUGAUGACUUCAUCAAGGGUCAGGACCUCCGCGUGUUACCCUGCAACCAUCAAUUCCACCCCGAAUGUAUCGAUCCUUGGCUGAUCAACGUAUCUGGCACUUGCCCGUUAUGCCGGAUCGACCUCAAUCCACCACAGGCCGAGGAAGAAAACGAGCAGGGUGAGGGUGGCAGCAACGAUGCCUCUCAAGACAACGCGACUGCACCCGCAGCAGACGCUACUCCAAAUCGUCAACAUCGCCGGAUAUCUUCCUAUCUGCAUGGCCCCUUGAAUGCUCGCCGGAUGCGCGAUGCGACCGUGGAGGAAAGACUUGCAGCGCUCCGGAGCGUACGGGAGGAAGCAAGCCGGGACGCUGGCAAUGAAGAGGCUGAAAGCCGACGCAAUCGACUGACGGCACGGUUACGCGAGCGAUUCCGCAUACGAACACGCACACAUGGGGUCGAGGCAGCGGCGCAAUCGUAG